AUGACACGCCAGUUCCUGAAAAGCAUCAAGCCAGGCCCGUCUCGCAACCUCCUUGGUCAGGUCAAGAUGAUGUUGUCAGCAGCAACCACGUCGUCCUUAUCGUCUGGACCCGAGCCGGCAAAUCUCAAGGACGUGACUGAUGUGCACAAAGUAACAGGCGAGAGUGUCAACGGAACUUGUGAAUACAUUCGAAACGCCAACGUGUGGGAGACGGCACCGAUACUCAAGGGCACAACCUGCUUUGAUCAUCGGGCAGACGUGAAGAACAUCAUGGUGACUGGCGGUGCAGGUUUCAUAGCUUCCUGGGUCGUGCGUCAUCUAACGCUUACCUACCCGGACGCUUAUCAUAUUGUGUCUUUUGACAAGCUAGACUACUGCUCAUCCCUUAACAAUACCCUUCGUCUCCGCGAUAGGCGGAAUUUCACCUUUUACCAUGGGGACCUCACGAACCCCACCCAAGUACUGGAUUGUAUGGAGCGUUACGAGAUUGACACGGUGCUGCAUUUUGCAGCGCAAUCACACGUUGACUUGAGCUUUGGCAAAGCAUACAGCUUUACGCAUGACAAUGUGUACGGGACACAUGUUCUAUUGGAGAGUUGUAGAAAAGUCAAGGUCAGGCGCUUCAUACACAUAUCGACUGAUGAGGUUUAUGGCGAGGUCAAGGAGGAUGAUGAUGACCUGGUUGAAUCUAGCAUUCUCUCUCCGACGAAUCCCUACGCAGCGAGCAAAGCGGCGGCUGAGAUGCUCGUGCAAUCCUACAACAAAAGUUUCAAGCUGCCGACCAUUAUUGUUCGUAGCAACAAUGUGUACGGGCCACAUCAGUACCCAGAGAAGAUUAUACCCAAAUUUACAUGCCUGUUGAACAGGAAGAGACCAGUCGUCCUCCACGGUGAUGGUCGCCCAACGCGCCGCUAUCUCUACGCAGGAGAUGCCACAGAUGCCUUCGACACCAUUCUACACAAGGGCCAAAGCGGCCGCGUUUACAAUGUCGGCUCGCCUGAUGAAGUAUCAAAUCUAGAAUUGUGCUCCAAGCUGCUCGACAUGAUGGCGAUAGAACACGAAACCUCGGCGCAGCUGCGCCAAUGGAUCAAGUACACACAUGAUAGGCCCUUCAACGACCGCCGUUAUGCUAUAGAUUGCACCGAGCUACGAAUGUUGGGAUGGAAGCAGAAGACGAGUCUUGAGCAAGGCCUGCGAAUUACAGUAGACUGGUAUUGCAAGUAUGGAGAGUCAUGGUGGGGGGACAUUAGCCAUGUGCUUACACCAUUCCCAGUCGUCAGGGAAGGCCACAUAAUGCCCGAUAUGGCGGAGCCUUUGAUCAGAGACGACCCAGUCGAUCCGGGUGACGAAUAUCAUGAUCAAUGA